ACAACCCCUAUCACCACCACCACCACCACUAUCACCACCCCUAUCACCCCUACCACCACCACCACCCCUAUCACCACCACCACCACCCCUAUCACCACCACCAUCACC